GAGAAGGCAUUAAAGUCAAGGCAACAAUCGGCCAUUUGCUUCUGUAUCUGCAUCAACAAAAAACAUCCCACGACAGUAAAAGCUCGACGCGUAUUCAGUAGGAUUCUCAGGAUUUUUUAAAUCUCUUUUUGUAGUAAUACAAAUUCAACCUCUAACGGAGUCUCACGUAACCGUAACGGUAGUUUCAUUACGGAGAGCAAACACAUCGUUCGAGACUCCGAUUCAGUGUAUUUUAUGAUCUCCUUCAAACUCGCGCGCGAUUUUCGUACUCUUUGUUAUUUGGAAGAAAAAAAAACGGGGGAAAAAAUCACGCAGCGUUUUUUCAUAAUUUUCAAGGUCAUUUUAGAAACGAUAACAAUAAAACGACGAUUUUUCUGUGCAUAUAUUUUAUUCGGUCGUGAUGCUGCACAACAUUAACAACAGCAAUGUUGAACUUGUUGCAUAAAAAUGGUGUUCGGGUCAUCGGAGAUCGGAUUUUUUUCAAUUAUUCACACUCCGUGAUAUGCUUUGACGUCGAAGACAGUACUUGAAAUCGGAGAUCUGUCGUUUUCUUCGAGUCUUGACGUACGGUUUGCUCGCUACGGUCCGUCGCGGUUUCCGCUUCAGUGUUCCUUUCGUUCAUAAAGCGUUCGUGUGCACGGAACACGUUCAUAGCCUAAACUCGUAUUUGCUAGCUUUCUCACAAGCUAACACAUACACGCACACACAUUCCCGCGCACGUUUUUACAUACGUACGUUCACCGAUAAAGAUAUAUCGUACUAUUUGACUGAGGCUUCUGUUGCUGUGGCUUCCACCCACCGGGCGCGAAGCUAAGCGACGUUACCAGACGUUCCUCCAGAGGCCGUGUAACACACGAAAUGAGUGAAGCUUCUAAUUCGUCAUACCUAGGCCUAGAUCUCAGCACACAGCAGUUGAAAGCUGUGGUCGUCGACGACGAUUUGAAAGUUGUCCACGAGACGAGCGUCCAGUUCGACAAUGAUUUGCCGGAAUUCAGAACGUAUGGGGGAGUUUUGCAGAAAAAGGAGAGCCCACACGUGGUUGUGGUACCGACGCUCAUGUGGGUCAAAGCGCUGGACAUGAUACUCGACAAGUUGAGAGUGUGCGGUGUAGAUUUCAGUAGAGUCGUUGCUAUUUCGGGCUGCGCUCAGCAACACGGAACUGUUUAUUGGAACAAAGGCAGUGGUCAGCAGCUCAGAAACCUCAAUCCCGACAAAUUUUUACACGAACAAUUGGCCGCUUCUUUCUCCUCGAACCAGUCACCGAUAUGGAUGGAUUCUAGCACCAGCGAAUAUUGCAAAAUUCUUGAAGACUCCGUUGGCGGCCCGCACAAACUCGCCGAAAUUACGGGUUCGCGAGCGUACGAGAGAUUCUCGGGGCCUCAAAUAGCUAAAAUUUCACGCGACAAACCGGAUGCCUACAACAACACCGAGAGAAUUUCGCUGAUAAGCAGCUUCGUUGCAUCUCUUUUCCUCGGAGAUUUUGCCCCGGUUGAUUGGUCGGAUGCUUCUGGCACGAAUUUGUUCGACAUUCGUGCAAAAGACUGGAACGACGAGCUUCUUGAAGCCUGCUCGCCAAAGCUGCGUGAUAAAUUAGGGAAAACCGUCCCUUCGUACACGAACAUUGGACCCAUUUCUCCGUAUUUCGUUGAGAGGUUUGGUUUCAACGAGGAAUGCAGAAUCGUUGGAUUCACCGGAGACAACCCUGGCUCCCUGAUCGGAAUGAGGCUCAAGGAGAACGACGUGGCGUGCAGUUUAGGAACGAGCGACACCCUCUUUCUGUGGCUGAACGAACCGAAAACCGAGACAGAAGGCCACGUUUUCUGUAAUCCCGUAGAUCCGGAAGCUUUCAUGGCCUUACUUUGCUUUAAAAAUGGCUCGUUGACACGAGAAAGAAUCAGGGACAGCGCUGCCGGUGGCUCGUGGCAAAUAUUCAACGAGUUGUUGGACAGCACACCUCGAGGAAACUUUGGCAACGUUGGACUGUACUUUGACACACGAGAAAUUCUGCCAUCCCUCAUCGGCGACUACAGAUUCAACAAAGCUAACGAUGAGAUUGGUCGCUACAGCUCGAAAGAGGUCGAAGUUAGGGCGCUCGUCGAAGGGCAAUUCGUCGCGAAACGGGCUCACGCCGAAGACUUUGGUUUUUCUAUCGGGCCAAACACUCGAAUUAUAGCGACCGGUGGAGCUUCCGCGAACAAAGCCAUCCUUCAAGUUCUGUCCGAUGUGUUUGCCUCGCCAGUUUAUACGUCGGAAAUCGUGAAUUCCGCGAUGCUUGGUGCGGCGUAUCAAGCGAAACACGCCCUUCUGCGUGAUAAAUGUAGUUUCGAGGAGAUAACGAGAUGCCUUCCAGAGCCGAAGCUCGUGUGUCAGCCUUACGACGACGCCGAAUCGAUAUACAAACCGAUGGUUGCGCGUUACCGAAAGAUCGUGGAGGAGCUAUUACCGCGUAACGAAGACUCGAAAUAGACGAGAGUGAGAGAGUAAGAGUGCUAAAGAUUGAGAGAAGGGGGACUGAAAUCGUAGGGCGAAAUCUGCCUCGGAGCUUUUACGCGCCAUUGCGAAUUCCAUCGAAGUUACAACCUGAUUCUCUUCUCCUCGGAGUAAAUAAUCGAGUUUCUCGAAAACAUGAAUCAUUCUGUCGGCUAAUGAAUUUGCUGAAUUUAGACGCUAUUUUUUCUUCCUUUUCAUUGCGUUAUUUUUAUUUUGAAUAUUUUUUUUCUCUCUCCCCAUACAAAUGUAAUUACUGUACAUUGAGGUUAAAUUCCUCGUGAUUCAUUCGUUUAUUUCGUUUUUUUAACGAGUAUUCCAAAGUUCUUUCGAACAUUGUAGAUAUUUUUAUCUCUUGCCAGAUGAAUUAAUGACGUUAUUUAAGAUAAAUGAGGAUGAAGAAUAUCGCGAGGAUUUAAAAUUGGUUGAAAUCAUGAUGCUCGGUUUCGAAGUACGUCGAAAAAGGCAUUUUUUCCAGAUUUUUGUAUACAUUUGCGCUCGACCCAAUGCUCUAGUCUCGCAGCGAUCGUCGUUCAUUUUGUUAAUUUCACAGAAGGAGCUCAAGAGACAAUGAGAUUUAGAUGAUUUAUUUUUUUCUACCACCUCGCUCCUUCGGCACGAGACUUAUAACGUUACCCGAUGCUAAAUUGUAAUAUGCCAGGCUGUUGCUGUCCUUGAAAAACAUUCCCUGAAACGAAUAACGAAAUAACAUUAUUGUGAUGCAAGCUUUGUACUAUUUAAUUUUCUCUUUUUUUCUCGGUAAAAUAAAAAAAAAAAAUUACCUCGAA